AUGUCCGCGUCACCUUCUCACCCAACUAAUCCGGCCAAGCGCCCUUUGGAGGAUGCCUCCUCGCCGUCCCGCGGUGUCGACCAACCGGAAGCUAAGCGUCCAGCUCUCGAUAAGGUCAUUAACAAUGGCAAUGAUGACAAGGAUGCCGAGCUUCCCGAAAGCAAUGGUAAUGGUGUCUCGAUCCCAACUGGACCGAACGGCACAACUAAAGCCGAGGACACCAGCAACAAGCCUGAAGUCAAGGAUGACCAAGGAGAUACAGUCGUCCCUGAUGUCGACGAGGCUAAGGCUGCUGUAGAUGCCGCUGUCACUGGACCUGGAGGUGCACCUGCGGCCGCGACUAACACUCAUGAUGAGACCACAUGGAUCCAUAUCCGUGCCGUCAUUUCCAGUCCCGAAGCUGCUACCAUCAUCGGCAAAGGUGGAGAAAACGUCUCCAAUAUUCGCAAGCUGUCGAACGCGAAGUGCACUGUCAGCGACUACCAGAAGGGCGCCGUGGAACGUAUUCUCACCGUUAGUGGAGCUGUCGAGGCCGUAGCCAAGGCCUUUGGAUUGAUAAUCCGCACCUUAAACAAUGAGCCCUUGACGGAGAAGUCCAACACUCAAUCUAAGACCUAUCCUCUCCGUCUUCUCAUCCCUCACGUUCUCAUCGGAUCCAUCAUUGGAAAAGGUGGUGCUCGUAUUCGCGAGAUCCAGGAUGCUUCAGGUGCACGACUAAACGCUUCCGAUUCCUGUCUCCCUCUAUCUAGUGAACGCUCUCUUGUUGUCAUGGGUGUGGCUGAUGCUGUUCACAUUGCUACUUAUUAUGUAGGUAGCACACUCUUGCAGCAGCUUAACGAGCGAUUCGGUGGUCCGGCGGCAUCAGCUUACGCCACCCGAAGUGGCGGCCCCACCGGUGUUGUACCUGGAGGUAUGCAGGUAGUGCCAUACUGCCCGCAGCCUGCUGGUGGUAACUUCGGCCAUCGUGAGAACUACGGAAGACGACCCGACCCUCGAGCCCACCAUAUGCCACCCGCACCAUAUGCACAGCCAUAUCCGCAUACGGCAACCCCGCAACCUAACCCUAGUGUCCCGAUGCACUACGCACCCCAAGCAGCCGGCUACGGUGCCGCACCACACAUUCCACCUCAUCACGCUCCUCACGUUGGUGCUCCCCAUCCCCACGGCGGUCCCCCAGCCCAGCCAAUGCAUGGCGGUAUGGCAGGAGCUCCGGUAACUCAGCAGAUCUACAUUCCUAAUGAUAUGGUUGGCGCCAUUAUUGGUAAGGGCGGCCAGAAGAUCAAUGAGAUCCGGCAGAUCAGUGGUAGCGUGAUCAAGAUCAACGAGCCUCAAGAUAAUAGUAAUGAGAGACUUGUCACGAUCACAGGAACGGAAGAGUGCAACAGGAUGGCCCUGUACAUGCUUUAUUCUCGACUAGGUCAGACACCCAAAGCUCCACACGGCUCAGCUAGUCGUCACAUGUGACAGAACCAGCCCAACUAAUCAUAACUGCCAUAAACAGAAAGCGAGAAGCACCGAAUCUAACGAAUAACGGCGGAAUGAUUUUACUAAACUCGACCCUUACAGCUGUUGUUUUGGUUUUUUUUCCGCAUCACAUGGGAACCUUUCUCGGUUUUCGAGCAUCGCAUUCGCUCUCGUCUCAUCUAGGGCCUUUUUUCCCGACGCAUCAUGGCCCUGAGGGGGGAG